AUGAUUAAGCUUUCGAUAGUGACCAUUGCCUUGCUAGGCACUGCUUUAGCCGUCCCACCCAGCGCCAUCGGCGGCGGUGCUUUGAUCGGGGGUGGUUAUGGCGCUGGCUUGGUUAGAGGAAUUGGCGGUGUUUACGGUGGCGGAUUGGUUGGGUCAAUUGCUGCUGGUCGGUGGAUCGGAAAUGGAAUCGGCGGCGGAAUCAUUGCCGGAUAUGGCCCUGGAGUCGCGUACGGUCCCGGAAUUGCGUACGGUCCUGGAAUCGGGUAUGGCGGUGCAAUUGGUGGUUUAUACGGCGGAGCAUACGGCGUUGGCAUUAAUGGCGUGUACGGCAGCGGCGUGGGUUGGCAAGACUACUACUCUUACCCGAGCUACAAUUACGAAUAUGGAGUUAAAGACUAUCUCACCGGUGAUAAUAAAAGUCAAUGGGAGGUACGCGAUGGAGAUGUCGUCAAGGGAGAAUACACUCUCGAUGAAGCCGAUGGAACCAAGCGCAUCGUUCAGUACUACGCUGAUGAUAAAACCGGAUUUGAAGCUAACGUGAAAAAUAUCUGA